AUGUCAGGAAAUUCCACACAUGAUGGUCUUUAUUUAAGUGGAGACGCUAUCGUUUUGUAUUUUAUGUCAGUGUUAGGGGUACUGGCAAACGCUUUCGCAAUUCUGGCCUCAGCCAGACUAUUACAGCGACAGCCUCUCAGCCCGAAUGUGUUUGUACUGGGUUUGUCGUGCGUAGACCUUAUCUCGAUAACACUGUUCUCAAUACCAUCCUGGAUUUGUUACACAAACAGUCAAUGGAUAGGUGGAAAGAGACUUUGCGAUUUCCAAGGUUUCGUGUUUCUGUUCUCAACGCUUUGUUCGGCGUUUUUAGCCAUGUCCAUGGCUGUGGACCGUUACAUCGCCGUAACAAGACCGUUUUUUCACCGCAAAACCAUGACGGUUAACAAAGCGAAAAUUCUUCUUAGUGUCACAAUUUCAGCAUCUUUAAUCGUCUCUCUUUUCCCGCUCUUUUCGUUUGGAAGCUUCGUGCAAAAUUUGCGAGGGACUUUCUGCACUGUUAAUUGGUUUCCUCAGAACGCUUCCGACCGCGCGUUUUGCGUUUUUUACGCCGUUCUUGGAGGACUACCUGCCACUGUGGUCUUAUUUUGCAACAUAACGGUUAUCUGGGAACUUUUUAGGAGCAAACAAAGACGAAUUUCUGUCACGAACAUGAUUGUACCCGGAGUUAAUAGACGUGCUAUGUAUCCGGCUAAGGGUUCAGAGCGCGUUGAAGACACGGAAAAACAAUUUUCAAGAACGAUGGUGCUCAUUUCAGUGGUAUAUCUCUUGGGAUGGAUACCUUUUACGGUAAGAAAUGAGUACUAGAGAUCAGUCAUGAUUCAUCACUUUUUAUAGCCAAUGCAGUUUUGUUGCAAGGGAACCAAGCAACCUGGCCCCAGUUGUUUAAAAGCUGGAUAGAGCUAUCCAUCGGAUAAAUCUGUAUCCAGUGGAUACGUAUUAGGGAAACCAAUUGCACUACCCACUGGAUAAAGAUUUAUAUGGUGGAGAGCGCUAUCCACCUUUUUAACAAAUGGGGACUGCUCCCUAUGCAACAAAGCCGCAAAUUUGUCCGACUGUCAUCAUGACACGAACACGAAUGGAAGUUAAUACUCAGUGGUUGAGGCAUUUAUACGUCAUUGUCCGGCAAAGCAUUAAUACUUUAUUAUCCGGCAUCCUACACUUUAUCACUAGCGCCAUGAAACGAGGCAUAGAACGCAACGUAUGGCUUAACCGGUACAUAGCUUGCUAGAAAAGAAAAAGAAACAUUUUUCCUUAUACUCGAUUCACAGAUCGGGGAGUCAAAAGGGAUGCAUUUGCAAACUAAGGAUAAAGUGAUCCGUAAGAGGGAAAAAAGACCGCGUAGCUUUCAGCUAAGUCAACAAAUAAACAUCACUUUCAGAGUAGAACAUUUGAGUCAGAGUGUCAAAUAACCAAAGCCUUUUUAAGUUUCUUCAGUGUUCUACGGCCUUGGCACUGUAUUCCGACGACCACUUUAUUCACAUUUUUUUCUUUUCUCUCUCCUUUCCAAGAACGAGGGUGGGUUAGAAUUACCUUUCGCCAAAAAAAGAGUCUCAAAUGAUAUCGAGAUACCCCAGGAGGAAUAUAUAUAAAGACAAAACAUUGCAGCUAAAACUUCUCAGUUGUCAUAAUUAUCGCGAAAUGUGCUAGGACACUUUGCGGAGCGAUUAACUUGGAAAUUUAGUCUUAAGAAGUCUUAAUCCAUCUCGUACAUCACACCCUCCUACCCAAAUUUUUCCCUUGCCGCAAAAAGGCAUCUAUGCAAAUAUACGAGUCGAGCGCUUCAGAAACUCCAUGGAGAAUGGGUACAAGCUUUGGGUCUCUACUCCAAGGAAGGGAAUAAUGAUUGGAGAUCAGAGUGAUUUUAGUUUUUGCUUUACAGAUCAUCGUUUUAUUUUCAAGUUCUUCUAGAAGGAAAUACUUUUAAUUUUGACAUUUCGUUACUUCAACACCCGUCUCCCGUAUUUCAAUCAGCGUAACGCUGAAAAAAGAUCACGGUUACCAAACAGACUUCCUUAUUAAUGAAUGCAGCAUAAAUGUUGUGGUUCAAUUUUAUCCUUGGUUUAAAUUUUAUUUACCUUUCUUUUAAACUCAUUAACAUACAUCACCAUACCCUAAAACAAAGCACAAUAAAAUUUAAACCAAGGACAAAAUUGCGGCUUAGCAGAGUACAGUUCACCUAAGUGGAAACGAUAAAGAGACGCAAACCCCCGAUGCAUUGCAAAGAUACCGUCUUUGUCGUUUCGUUUUAUUCUGCUUAAGGCUUAAUGUUGAAGCUGUUCCUUGCUAGGUUCGUCUAAUCGGCAACGCCUUCUACAACUGGCGAAACGGCUUUCAAGAUCUUCUUGUGUGUUUCCUUUUGCUGUUAAACCUAAUCGCUGAUCCAUUUAUGUACGUUUUAACACGAAAGCAAUACCGUAGAGUGCUUAAGUUGAUGCUUACGUGCAGAUGCAAAGAAAGGAUAGACCAAGUGAAGUCCUUAAUAAACCACAGGUGAGAGAAAAUGAGUACGAACAUUUUCUAUUGACUUUGACCAAGUGAUCAUAUUUAUAGAGAAUUGGUCAUUAUGAGGUGCACUAGCCGGAGACUGAUCAGCGAUGUCUGCCUUCCCUGUGGGCGCUUCGUUUUUCGCACAGAGGCGAGCGCGAAAUGCGAGUGACUGGUGACGAAACGCAAGGGAUCGUGGGGAGGCGAGACACCUCUAAUUCGUUUUCUCCUUCCCGCCUUCCUUCACGCGCAAGUUUUCAUCGAGAGAGAGAGAGGCCUGGGUAUGAGACAGGGUCGGUGUAGUGUUGAAUUGCACUAUGGACUGGGCUGUGCAUACGGGAUCUUUGACCUAGUUUCCUGCCCAACCACGCAAUAGCCAAUAAAACCCCAAUCCAUUCCCAUGGUCUAGCUUCGAGCCGAUCGAAAGCCGAGGUAAGUAAAGAAGUAAGAGAAACAAGUUACUUAAUAUGCUAAUGAUCCUUGUGAGUAAUAGACUAACACUUGCCUACAAAACGAGCUACGAAAGCCGAAGGUGGAGAGCUCAAAAUGAGGGCGAAGCGCGAGAACCGGGUGCAGGAGCAAGUAAGAGAACCAAAAGCGCUGAAAUUCCCUUCAACCGCGAGACAGGAAAAAGGGCCGCUCUUCCGCAACUAACAGUUCUCUCUUUUACAAUUUCAGUCAGCACCCAAGUAUAUCAUCAGCCAGUCAGCAAGCACUCUGCUACACUGGAGGAUCCGACGAGUAUCAUCUGAACGACCUGAGAGAAAGAUUACGCAUUGCUUCGCCAUACCCAGAUAACUUUCGAGAUACAGUUCAAGCCUGGAAUUCUCAUGAAAGCUCGAGCUUCAGCUAA